AUGAAUGAAUCCGACAGUUCAUUGGACUUAAUUACGAACCCGAUGUGUCGUUUGGAACUAGAGAAUCCUUCAACUGAGAAAUAUACUUGUGGAGCAUCAUUUUUCAAGUUCCGAAAAUUUAAAAAUUGCAGGCGAAUCAGAAACAGGAUAGAAAGAGUGCCAAUUAUCACCGAGGCAAAUGAUCCAGUAGUAGAUAGUGAAUAUUCGAGAAUACCAAGACCAAAAAUUUCAACACUCCUCUUGUCUGAACGGAUUCUGACAUCCUCCGCAUCAAGGGUCAAGGACCCGAAGUCUACUUGCAUUCCAUAUGCUCGAUCAUCAGACCUUAUUUCGGGUAACUCUAAGAUACCGCGAUUGUUGUGCCUGAAAUCCCAGGCUACCAUUUCUGGCUCAGCUACUUCCAGAAAGCAGCCAGCGAAAGCAAGUGAAUUGUAUGAUAGAAAGAAAAUCAUUACACAAGCUACUGGGCAUUUUAAAAACAUGCGAAAGCGGAAAUUAUCGGCCCAGUCUCGAAAUUCAUCGCCUAUCAAACCUGAUAAAUUGAAAAAAACCUAUGUUUCGUCAAGAGAGGUAGAGUCUAUCAAAAAGGCUGGUCACUUAAAUCGGAGACAGCAGAAUAAAGCUUGGGUAUAA